CGACACACUCAGUACAGCCUGUUUAGCCAGGAAUACACGGGUUGACACAGAACACCAUCGACAAUCCAUUUUCCUAAAAUAACACAAAGCCAAACUGCCUCUUGGAGACACAGGUAUCUUGGAACUGUCAAUCACCGAUCGACUCGAGGUGGUUUUUGCGCAUGAUUACUGCGACUGUCACAAACAGUAUGGCGGCGACGACGACGACGCUAGCUUUGCUCUCACUGUGUGCUAUCGUAAGUGGAUUGCAGUUCAAUGGGCAAAACAGAUUUGGCAACAAACUCGACGAUAAUGUCAAUUCACAUGACAUUAACAAACGUUCAGAGAAAGGCUCGGAUGUAUAUUCUCACCUGGCAGCUCUGAGUGGUGGAUCUGUGAUUGGCAGCAACAAGACAGAUGUAGACCACGCCUCCAGUAUUACAGUGGCUGAAGCAGCUCUGACGUCGCCUGUAACAGUCAUGGUGACCCAUGUAAACGCUGCAACUUCACGUGACGUGACUUUCAGCGUGGACUCUGCCCUUACAUUGAUUCUUGUGGAGGUCACGGGUCACGUCACCAAGUCAUCCAUCGAACUCUCAGACCCUACAGGAGUGGCUAUAGAUACACUGGCUGUCGACAGUGCAGGGGCACUUGUGUACAAGAUAGUCAAGCCCACCCCAGGUAACUGGACACUUCACUUCAGCGACAAGCUGCAAUAUGACGUCAUCGUCAAAGGGAACAGUGACGUCAGUUUUCAGUCUCAGUUCGUGAAGGUGAAUCCAGUCACAGGUUACGACAUCUCUGUCCCCGGAAAUCCUCCUGCAGGGACAAAUCUAACCCUGGCAAUAGAAGUUAAUGGUGCCGACAAAACACAGAAUAUCACGAGUGUGACGUUGUAUACACUGAAUGGUGACGUCAUCAAAUCUGCAGUUCUGACACAUGUGGGACGAAGGGGCGCCCUCUAUAAGGCAGCAAUGAUCCUGCCAGCACAGGAUUUGAGACUCGGAAUAUCAGGAUCAGAUCUCCAUGGACACAGGUUCACACGGGUACUACAGGCGGCUGUAUCUCCGGAAUCAGAGUUCACGGUCACCUUCAACAUGACGGCAGGGGAGUCGUCAACCGUGGCCACGGACUGUGUACGCCUUCCCUUUGUUGUGACCAAUCACGGGGCUACUGGACCGUUCAGUGUCAGAGUUACAUCAAUAAACACGGUUAUGAAUCCUGUCGUGAAGCCCAACGUCUUCACCAUACCGAAAGGCCACACCUACACAGGGACUGUGACCGUUACAGCCAAUAUGGCAGCGCCAUCUACCGCAGGGGACGUCGUGUUGACUGUGACGGGCCCAUCGGGGAUAUCCGACUUCGUCAGCACGCCUGUCUUCAUAUAUUCAGGAGCAACUGAGAGCGUAAUAUCUGCAAGCAAGAUUUCUACGAGUAUAAACAAAGACACAGCGCCACCUACAAAAGCUGCUAUCUCCGUCGUUAGCAAAGAUGUGACUACAUCGAUAGUCAGAAGCAGAGAACCAACUACUGUGACAUCUGUGUCUACAGCUGACACAUCCACAGGAAGAUCUGUGUCCACCCAACUUCCGGAUUACACAUCAUCCCCCACGUCUAAAGGGCUUCCAGGCUUUAUAGCCUCCACGUCUAAAACGUUUCCGGGCUCAACAGCCUCAGCAUCUGGAGGGUUUCCUGGCUCAACGGCCUCAACGGCCUCAACGUCUGGAGGGCUUCUUGGCUCAACAUCUUCAACGUCUGGAGAGCUUCCCGGUUCAACGGCCUCAACGUCUGGAGAGCUUCCCGGUUCAACAUCUUCAACGUCUGGAGAGCUUCCCGGUUCAACAGCUUCAACGUCUGGAGAGCUUCCCGGUUCAACAUCUUCAACAUCUGGAGAGCUUCCUGACUCAACGGACUCAACGUCUGGAGGGCUUCCUGGCUCAACAUCUUCAACAUCUGGAGAGCUUCCCGGUUCAACAGCUUCAACGUCUGGAGAGCUUCCCGGUUCAACAUCUUCAACAUCUGGAGAGCUUCCUGACUCAACGGACUCAACGUCUGGAGGGUUUCCUGGCCCAACAGCUUCAACAUCUGGAGAGCUUCACGGUUCAACGGCCUCAGCAUCUGGAGGUCUUCCGGGCUCAACAGCCUCAUCGUCUGGAGGGCUUCCUGGCUCAACAGUCUCAACCUCUGGAGGUCUUCCGGGCUCAACAGCCUCAACAUCUGGACGUCUUCCUGGCGCAACAACCUCAACAUCUGGAGGUCUUCCUGGCGCAACAGCCUCAACGUCUGGAGGACUUCCUAGCGCAACAGCCCCAACAUCUGAAGAGCAUCAUGCUAUGAAACCGGCCAUCAUAGCGUCCAUUGUGUGCGGGUGCGUGGCCGCAGUGGCUGGAGUGGGUCUGUGCGUAUUGCUCCUGACUAGGCGUGGUUUGCCUCGAGCUGACAGUGACAAGGAUCACCACUACAUGGACGCUGGGCAGUACAGCAACGUGUCUAUAGACAAGGGUAGAUAUAACGCCGGGUAUGAAAUGGAUUUGUACCAACCACAUAAAGGCUAGAGCCACUUGACAAUACAAUGUUGACUCUAAGGUUUAUGUGUCAAGCUUAUUUAUAACGAGUGAUAUUAUAUUAUUAUGUUGUUGAGUAUACACCAUAAAUACUACAUGUUUAAUUCCAUUUCUAAUGUAUUUCAGAAGGCAUAUCAUACCAUUAACAUUUGCCGUUUAUAUAUAUAGGUUAUCACGCGAGUGUGUUUUGGGAUGGUUAAUAUCCUGCAUUAGGAAUAAACAUUGU